AUGGAGAGCGCACCUGUUCUAGCCACACAGCCCGACUUGUCCGCCAUGGCCUCACCGUUCCCUCCGAUGUCCUGUGCCCCGUCGGCCUUCCCGUUCCUCCAGACUCUGCCCUUCCUGCCUUCUGCCGCAGCGAAACAGCCGACAGUGCCCUUAGGAGUAGACCCUCGUGUGCUGGGGAUGCUGCAGAGCUACGGGUCCCUGGGGCAGCUGCCGUGGGCCGCCCUGGGCGCCAGCGGCGACCUGGCCCUCAACCGCCUGCUCCUGACCCCCGGAGGCCGCCUGAGCCGCCCCAAGAAGCGCUACAUCUGCAAGUAUUGCCAGCGGGAGUUCACCAAGAGCUACAACCUGCUGAUCCACGAGCGAACCCACACGGACGAGCGGCCUUUCCCGUGCGACAUCUGCGGCAAGGCCUUCAGGAGGCAGGACCACCUCCGCGACCACAAGUACAUCCACAGCAAGGAGAAGCCCUUCAAGUGCGACGUGUGCGCCAAGGGCUUCUGCCAGGCGCGCACGCUCGCCGUGCACAAGGCCCAGCACGGCCACAACACCCCGCCCACGCCGGCCCCCGCCUCUCCCCUGACGGUCGUGAGCGCCCCCUCGCCUCUCCGCAGCAGCGACGACGAGUUCGAGUCCGACGACGCCCUCCACGUCGUGCGCUGCCCCGCCCCCGCCGACCUCGUGAUGCAGACGGUGCCCGAGGACGCCGAGAGCCCGGCGGCGCCCGCGCCCCCAGCGCCCAAGAGACGCGGCUUCUCCAUCGCCGACAUCAUGAGCAGAUAG